AUGAGUGGAAAUUUUGGAAAUUCUGUUGAUUAUGAUGGGGAGCGUGGCUUUGCUUCAGAUGGGGUACGAACAUUUGUUCUGGUUGGGCAUACAGGUAGGGGAAAGAGUGCAACAGGUAACAGCAAACUCGGAAGAAACGCUUUCAAGUCAUUGUCUCUCUGUCAAAGCGUGACAAGAACUUCUGAGCUACAGAGUACUGUGUUGCAAGAUGGUUUGUUUGACAUCAUGGUUGAACCUGAAGUCAUUUGGAAUGAGAUAGUCGGAUGUUUUGGCAUGGCCAAGGAUGGCAUCCAUGCCGUCCUUGUAGUCGUCUCAACCAGAGCAGGUUUUUUAAGACGUGAAGGAGCUGUUAUUGAGACCUUGCAGAAGUUUUUGGUAGCAAGAUAA